CUCCUCAGACAAGCUGCUGAUGGGAAGCUGCAGUUGGUGGAAUGGCCAUAUAGGGCGAUGUUACUUAGAGACUGUGAGACCCCUAACCACCUCCUGAGGAACUGACUGAUUGUUCUGUCCAUUGCUUCAAUCGUCGUCAUAGGUACCUCGUAUAUGAGAAGGGGCCAAAGGAGCCUCAGCAGGAUUCUGUGCUGGUACAACCAGGUUUUGCACUUGUCAACUGCAGUGAGAAUAAUAUACAUAAUGAGAAUUAUAACAUAUACAUGCAAUGUUUUAAUGUUUUUGUUUCUCUUUCAGUCACAUCCAUCUGUGCCUGCUGAAUUCAGAGAUGAUCGGAGAGUUUCUAUUGACACUAAACCAAACUUUGGCUCCAUGAGAAAUAUAACCACACCUGUUUUGACUUCUAUAAGGACUCAGCUGGAGAAUCUUUGCUAUUUUGAAAUGAUAAGAAUUCUGAGGUUUUUAGUGGAUGUGACUCUGGAUAAAAAAACUGCACAUCCAGCUCUGGAAGUGUCUCAAGACAGCAAAGCUGUAAGAGGCAAAGCAAACGCUCAUGACAUCCCGAGUGGCCCAAAGCAAUCUGAUCUGGUGGCUGGAGUCCUGGGAAAUCUUCAGAUCAAGUCUGGAAAAGCAUUCUGGUUAGUGGAGGUGGGACAGCAAACGGGCUGGGAACUGGGCGUAGUGAGAGAAAAUGCAAACAGGACAGGAACGGUCUCCUACAAACCCAGUGAGGGUUAUUGGGUCAUUGUGUUCUGUGGUCCAAACACAUAUGGGGCUUUUGAAGAUCCUCCCAUUCAGCUGCAUCUCUCCAUCAGACCUCAGAAAGUGGGAGUGUUUGUCGACUAUGAGGACGCUCUCAUCUCCUUCUACAAUAUGGACGAUCAGUCACACAUUUACACAUUCACUCAGUGUAGAUUCAAUGGAAUGAUACGUCCGUAUUUUAACCCUCAUCCCAACAAAAAUGUCAAAAAUUCAGAUCCAAUGAUCGUUUCUUCUUUUAAUCCAUCAAUAUAACAUAUACAGUAAACUCCCCACCAC